AGCCCCAGGGUGCUGCUCUUGGUCUGAUCGGUGAGCCUGGGGACGGGGACCAGCCCCACCCCAACGCGCCCUGUGACAUAGCUGGUACCUCCGAUUCCUGAGCCUGUCGGUUGGCAUGCAGUUUCCAGCCUUCUCGGAUCUACUCCCUCACCUACCCCUCACCAGUAUACCUUCCAUUUCCCAAGAUUCCGCUGGUUUCAUGAUCUGCUCUAUUCCUGGAGCCGAGAACAGAGCAGGCACUCAGUAACUAUUUGUUGAACAGCCGUUCAGUCCUGGUAACUUUGACUCACUGGCUUCCCUGCGAAUGGGUUUUGGCUGAAAUUGCCCGAAGCAGUCAGCACAGGAUUUCUUGAUCAUGGAUGGUGAAGAUAUACCAAAUUUUUCAAGUUUAAAGGAGGAAACUGCUUACUGGAAGGAACUUUCCUUGAAAUAUAAACAAAGCUUCCAGGAGGCUCGGGAUGAGCUAGUUGAGUUCCAGGAAGGCAGCCGGGAACUGGAAGCCGAGCUGGAGGCGCAGCUGGUGCAGGCGGAGCAGAGGAACCGGGACCUGCAGGCGGACAACCAGAGACUGAAGUAUGAAGUGGAGGCUCUCAAGGAGAAGCUCGAGCACCAGUACGCACAGAGCUACAAGCAAGUGUCACUGCUGGAAGAUGACUUAAGUCAGACUCGGGCCAUUAAGGAGCAGUUGCAUAAGUACGUGAGGGAGCUGGAGCAGGCCAACGACGACCUGGAGCGAGCGAAAAGAGCAACAAUAGUGUCACUGGAAGACUUUGAACAAAGGCUAAAUCAGGCCAUUGAACGAAAUGCAUUUUUAGAAAGUGAACUUGAUGAAAAGGAAUCUUUGUUAGUCUCUGUACAGCGGUUAAAGGAUGAAGCAAGAGAUUUAAGGCAAGAGCUGGCAGUUCGGGAGAGACAGCAGGAAGUCACCCGGAAGUCAGCGCCCAGCUCCCCCACCCUGGACUGUGAGAAGAUGGACUCUGCUGUGCAGGCAUCGCUCUCCUUGCCGGCCACGCCUGUUGGCAAAGGAACGGAAAACACUUUUCCUUCACCCAAAGCCAUACCAAACGGGUUCGGUACCAGUCCGCUGACUCCUUCCGCUAGGAUAUCGGCACUGAACAUCGUGGGGGACCUCUUGCGGAAAGUCGGGGCUUUAGAAUCCAAGUUAGCAGCUUGCAGGAAUUUUGCCAAGGACCAAGCCUCACGAAAAUCCUACAUUUCAGGGAACGUUAACUGUGGGGUGAUGAAUAGCAACGGCACAAAGUUCUCUCGGGCAGGACAUACGUCAUUCUUUGACAAAGGGGCAGUAAACGGCUUUGACCCAGCGCCGCCUCCUGGUCUGGGCUCCUCGCGCCCGUCGUCGGCACCGGGUAUGCUGCCUCUCAGUGUGUGAGUGCCCGGCGGCCGGGUGGGGGCUCCUGCCCUCCCCCAACAGCCCAGGACACCCGCGCCUCGUCCCUCGGCGCCUGGGCCCGGCCCGGCCCCCGCGUCAGCCCCCCCACCCCCCCCGCGGCUGGCAGAGAGCGGGCCGCACGCGGUGGCCGCCGCGGGGACCUGUGCGGCCCCAGGACUCUGCGCCAUGUCAAUACUGGCUGUUUUCUCUUCUCGCCGCGGUGCCGUUGGUCUCACAUGAUUGCACUUUUGUGGGUCACAAGGUGGCACGUCCGUGUCCUCCUUGCUCGCUGGAUGCAGAGGUACCCAUCGUCGUCACGCCUGCCCCGUAGCUCCCACCCAGCUGUACGGAUAGGGUUUAGUUGUGUUUAAGACCUCGCAGACCUUCUAGAGGUUCUCCCGCAGAUCAGGCCCACACGUGCCCCCCGCCCCACCCCCGCUGCUUCUGUGCUCACGAUCAUGUGUCCUCUAGCUCCACGCCCCGCCGCGUGGCCUGCUGCUGGCCGAGAGCCAGGAAGGUCCCUGAGUUCAGGAACAUUCUCUGCACCUUCUGAUCUUACUUUAGCGGUUAUCCUUCCAUAGACGGCCUCCCAGAGCGCGGAGCGCCCGGCGCCCCCGUCUCCCCUCACCCGUGCGCCCCAGACUCGGGGCGAGGGGCGGGGCGGCCGGCUUGCUGCUCCUUCGGUUAAGUGACAUCUUCCAGAGCGUUUUGUUUCGUCCUCGGAGGGCCCGUCCGGUUGUGCUGGGGAGCGUCGGGCGGCCCGGCUCGGGGGGGGGCUGGCCGACCGUAAGCGGCUGCCCCUGCUCAUCCUGUGAUUGCUCUCAUGCUGCAUCUACUGUUUACAUUUGUUUUAUUGUACAUAGGUUUGUAAACAUUAUCGCCUAAGAUAUUUGUAUAUAACUUGGGCUUUGUAGCGUUUAUUUAUUCUGAGUUCAUACGGCAUGUUAAUGCGGUGGUGUCCUCCUCUGGGCAGCUGUAUAGGAUCAUCAUGUGGUUACAAGAAAACACUUUCCCCCCCAAAAUCUUUUAAUGUGGAAACAAUAAAUUUCACAGAAAAAAAUCCCC